AUGGACGGUGAAAAGGGGGGCAGGAGGGGCAAGCUAAGAGGCUCUCCUCAUCUCAGAUUCCUGUCGAACCCAUUGAUGGGGGAUAUCAUGUCUGAUUGGUCUCCUUUGCACGAUGCUGCAAUCCAUGGACGUCUGUUGACCCUGAGGAACCUUAUCAACCAGGGAUGGCCUGUAAACAUCAUUACAGCAGAUCAUGUAUCUCCACUCCAUGAAGCAUGCCUUAGGGGUCAUCUUUCUUGUGCAAAUGUUUUACUAAGUCAUGGGGCUCAGGUGAAUGGCAUGACUAUCGAUUGGCGAACUCCUUUGUUUAAUGCUUGCAUUAAUGGCAGUCAGGAAUGUGUGAAUCUGCUGCUUCAGUAUGGAGCCACUCUUCACCCUGAGGGUGAUUUGGCCUCUCCCAUCCACGAGGCUGCUAAGCGAGGCCAUGUUAAGUGCAUAGAUUCCCUUGCAGCUUAUGGAGCUGAUAUUGAUUACUACAUCAGCCACCUGGGAACUCCCCUGUACGUGGCUUGUAAAAAUCAGCAGUUAGACUGUGCCAAGAAACUUCUCCAGUUAGGAGCAUCCGUGGAUCAAGGCAAAGGCUUGGACUCUCCUCUCCAUGUGGUGGCUAGGUUAUUCAGUGGGGAGCUUGUGCACCUGCUCAUGGACUUUGGAGCAAAUGCUUACGCUAAGAACGCUGAAGGCAAACGUCCUGUGGAGCUGGUGCCUCUGGGGAGUCCUCUGUUCGAGAGCUUCUUGGAGAGAGAAGGACCUCCGUCUUUGAUGCAAUUAUGCCGCCUGAGAAUCCGGAAAUGCUUUGGCAUUCGGCAGCAUCAUAAGAUUUGUGGACUCCUGAUUCCAGAGGACCUGAAGCACUUCAUUUUACACCUUUAA